GCAGCAGCAACAACAACAACAACAGCAAGCCUCAUCAAACAAUAACACAUCCAUCUUUCAGGAUCCCUUUGUUACAUUGACAACUGCGAAUACAUUGGCUGCUGUUGCUUCAAACAAUACUCCCAUGUCAGGCUAUGCUAGCCCAUCAAACGCUGCUGGAAGAAUGUUGGCUAGAGAUAAUCCGCAAGUAGUAGGUGGUUCACCAAGUAAUAGAGUAUUACGUAGUCAAACCAAGGCCUCCCCUCUUCAAUCACAACAACAGCAAGUACCUUAUUUGAACAGCCCCACUGGAUUUCAUCAUGAUACCUCAGCAUCUUAUCUUCCAGAUGCCACUGAUGCCAACAACGUAGAUAAUUACAACAUGUUAAACUCAACAUCAGGUGAUCGUAAGCCUUCCUUGCAAUCUCCUUCAAAACCAUUUCACUUGAUGAAUUCUGCAAGACUCUAUAAUGAUUUCUAAUAUUUCUUUUAUGAUUGCGUCUAUCCUUUAUAUACACACAACAACGCCAACACACACAUAUUAUCUCUAUUGUCACUCAUUUAUCACAGAAAGAAAAAAUGAAAUAGAUGAACUGUUGUUACAAUUCCAUUCUUUUUAUGCAAUAAUAUUUCUCAAAUAAAAAAUUCAUACGAAACAAC